AUGUUGUUUGUUACGUGGUCACCUUUUUGUUCGCCCAGUUUUUGCCUACACCUUUCCCCGAAGAAAUCCUUGCCUUUUUCCUUUGAUUCUUCAAAUAAACAUAGAAAAAAAUUUUUUUUAUUCCCCUCACAUCUUUUACCUUUUCUAUUUUUCUUUUUUCUUUCUUUUUAUUUACGUCUUCUUUCUCUCUCUCUCUCUCUCUCUCUCUCUCUCUCUCUCUCUCUUUCAAUUUGUCUUUCUUUUUCUCGUUUUUCUAUUUCUUUUACAUUCUUUUUUCUUUCUUUUUGUUUACUUUCUCUCUCGCUCUCUCCUCCCCCCCACUCUCUCUCUAUCUCUUGCUUUCAAUUGGUCUCUUUCUUUUUCUCGUUUUUCUUUUUCUUUCUUUCUCUUUCACGCGCAUCACCCACCCACCCAAUGUCAGGUUUUCUAUCCUUUACCCCUCACACUCUCUGUCUUUUUUCUUCUUUCCUUCACCUGAAGAUGGAGUCACGGAAAAAAUCGCGUUUCUUUCUUCGCUUCUCAAAAUAA